AUGAAUCUCGUUCAAAGCAGUUUGAACUACCCGCAAAACUUUUUCCGAGCCAAUGAAAUUGUCAGGAGACUUUCUGGGCUAUGGUUUCCAGGAAGUGAAACGCACAUAAUAAUCAGAUUGUUUUACUUUUUGUACGUCGCGAUUUUAUUUAGUUGCGGAUUUGUAAUCGCCAUUUGUGAAUGUAUGAUAUUCAAAGAGUCAAUAAAAAAGAUCAGCACUUUCGCCAGCCAAAUCGGCAUGAUUCUCACCCAUUUUGCAGGGAUCGUGAAACUUUGCCUGUUGACUUUCGGGCACGGAAAAUUAUUGAGAUUGAUUCAAGUUUUGGAGGAUAAGAAAUAUCAAUACGAAUCUUUGGGUGAAUCCAAACCAGGUGUUAUGCUCCAGGAAGGAAUGAAAAUUUACAAUAUAACCACUUAUUCGGUCUUCGUUCUGUAUGGUUUUGUUGGCAUCUCUGGACACAUAUCAUCCCUUAUUAAUCUGAAUCUAGAAAUUCAGGGAGACACCUUCGAAGGAACGAAUAAAACUUGCUAUGAUUUUUUGCCCUAUAUGUUUUACAUACCUUUACCUCAUCAACUGAAAUGGCAGUGUGAACUGGCUCUCACUUUCAUGGAUAUUGGAUUUGCUAUGCAUGCUUCUGUAAUUGCAGUUCACGACACACUAUUCUCAGGUUUGCUGAAUUAUUUGAAAACGCAGUUACUCAUAGUUUGUGAAGUUUUCAAGACUCUUCGUGUGCGAUGUUUGAAAAACAUCGGCCUUCCGAAGGACUACGUCAUUAUGCAUGACACGGAUAAUCCUGUAUUAGAAAGAGAAUUAUACAGAUUGCUGACGCAUGCCACAGAACACCUGAAAAUUUUAUUGAGGAUUAGGGAAGACUUGGAAUACAUGUUCACAUAUGUUAUAUUAAUUCAAGCAAUCGCUUCCUUAUUCAUCAUAUCAUCCUGCUUGUACGUCGGAUAUAUUGUCCCAUUUGGAUCUCCUGAAAUGAUUGCACUGAUGGAAUUUUCCUUAUGCAUUAUCAUACAACUAUCUUUGGUGUGCUGGUUCGGAAAUGAAAUAACAAGGGCUAGUGAAAUGAUACGAACUUCCUUGUUCGAAAGUGAUUGGUUCAGCUGCAGUCCCCGUUUCAAGCAAGCUAUGAUACUAACUUUCAUACGCAUGCAACGCCCUGUUUACUUAUCUAUUGGGAAAUUUAGUCCACUAACAUUGGCUACGCUGGUCGCAAUAUGUCGUGGUUCGUUUUCCUACUUCGCAGUUUUCAAGAGUGUAUAAUAAUAAUUGAAUUUUCACCGCUGCAGAAGGCACUACUCAUUUAUUUUCAUGCACCAAAGCACUAAGGUUUGAUGAAAACUAGCUUCUCUGAAAUAUAUGUUAUAAUACAAAUAUCUCAAAUGUAUAAUACGUAAUAGAAAAAUCAAUAUAAAUGAAUUUCCACAACUCAUAUGCAUUCUACAUAUAUUACGACGUUCUGUAUCCUCAUCAGCCUCUUCGAAAUCUGAAGUUAUUUCUCCUUGAUCAGCAUCCCCUUAUUACCUGUCGAUUUCCUGCAAAUACCAUACAGUAACACAAAAAAGUAGGUCAAGUUAAGAAUCAACAAUUUCGUGAAUUUUACAAAAUAGAAAUUAUACUGGAAUACGUGGUGUGGUGAAAGAGUUGCUCUCAAUACAAUCACAUAUCAACAUCUCAAAUCAAACGUGUUCAGUAGUCCAACACUUUGAACCAAUCUGGAUACAAUGUAGAUACAAAUAUUCCGAAUGGAAUAUUUUUCAUUGUCUCUAAGUCUAAUCAUUUUCUGAACUACUAGUAUCAUCACUAUCAGCCUUAUAAUCAUGUCAGUAUCAGAAACCCCCAAAAAAACCUGAAUAUAUUUUGUUUGACAAAUAUUGAAUGCUUGUCUCUGUUCAUCCAUAUCUUCAAUAUCGGAUGUAUACAUAAGCUCACUAAAAAAAUGUUUGCUUCGAAAAGGUAUCGUCACACAUUAAAAUAACACUUUCUCGACUAAAUCUUUCAAAGAUCGUGAAUGUGAAUAUUUUUAUGAAAAUCUUUUCCUCUGUGAGAUUCUCUAUUCACAAAUAAAACAGUUUCAAACCCUGAUUGAGAUAAUACCCUGUUUGUUACUCAACACUUAGUACUUUCAUUGAUAGAAUUUGAAAUGAAUCUUUGUGAAGAGAUUGUCCCUAACUUGUCCAAUCUACACAACUAAAUAUCAAAGGAUCUGGGACAUACUCAAAUGAUCCUUCUUCGGAUCCAACAGAUUAUAGGACCACUCAUCUGAUGAUAUGGGUUCGUUCAUGCUUCAAUUUAACUUUGAUCUAUUCUUCACCUCACAGAAUAUGUUCAACUCUGCUUUUGCUUCCAAAUAAAACAUCUCUCAACAGUUGAUCCGAGUCAAAUAUUGAUGGAACUUUUGGACUCUUUCGAAAGAUACGAACACCCCUCUACAAGCUUACCUUUCAUCAAACAGAUUUGACCGUUCAACAUUGAUACUUAAUAAUUGUUAUGGAAAUUACUAUAUUGAUUAUUUCCAUUUAUCAUUCUCCCAUUGUUUUGACCAAAUAAUAUCUGAAUAACGAAUGUAUAUAUGUAAUUUCUAUUAAUUUAUUCUCCAACAAGUUUCAUUUUUUGUUAAAAAAAUCUUUCCUCAUUCGUGUGUGUGUGUAUUUUUUAUGAUGAAUUUGUGUUGUUUCAUUAAUGUAUGAUGACAUCUGAUAAAUCAAAUAGCUAAGGAUAAACCAUUCCCUACCAUGUUUAUUUGCUUUCAUCAAUAUCGUUUUGUUGAUCAUCUUCAGGAAGGUGAAUCAAUUAGAAGAAUUUCUCAUAAAAACAAGAUGAUGGCUACAUUGCGACAAAAAGACAUAAUUGGCAACAUUUCGCCUCCACCACGUAUUCUUGAAUUUCAUCAAAUGAUACUAUCUCACUUUCAAAGAAGCAAUGUCAUAUUAUUCUAUCACAGUCAUAAAAUUACUGGGAAACACUAUAUCUAUAUAUCUACCUUAUAUCAAAAGUUCCCAAAAUUCUAUUAAUAGGUAAUGUCUAUUUUGUAAAACUUUUCUUAUGAUUAUUAAAUUCAACGUUAACUCAUUUCAAGCAAUUUCAAGCAGAUAAUUUCCUCAUAGAUUUCAGAUAUGAAUGGGGUGCGAAUACUGGAAAAUCUACGUUUUUCUCAGAUUUGAUCAAUGUACUCAGCAAACUCGUUAACAUGUAUUCCAAUCUGAAGAGAAAUCCACAAAAGAUAAUCCAAUACAGUGCAGACGUAAAUGGUCCCGCACGAGGCAAGAUGUUAUGACCUGAAAGGUUUAAUUUUUAGUAGUUUUUGACAAUAGUGUUGAUGACAUCGAAAAUAUACGAUCGCAAUCCCAAGCCAUUUCGACUUCAUUAUUAUCAGGAAGUGAAUGAUAAACAUUUUGAAUAAGUAUUGUAAUGAACUGAAAUUAGUUCCGAAUAUAUUUUUUUUGUUUUCAGGUUUUGAAAACGAAUAUUAAACUGCUUAUUACUCAGGAACAGUUGGUUUUAUUCUCAAAAAUAAGCAUUAGAUAACUGAAAUACGUAUUAAUCAAGACCCUCAUUUCUUUUUGAAAGGGAACAUUAUAGCACACUCUCGGCGAUGGGUAAUACAAACACCAUUGUCUUUUUAUGCUAAAGUGCUAAGAAUGAUACCUUUUUACAUAAGUUUCUUCAAUUUGAUGUCUUGUUGUCCUGUUCAAAACUUUGGAAUGAAGGAAUUAUUCACGUCCGUACUGUAUUGAAUUCGUUUCAGUUAUGCUCAGUUCAACAUUAUAAUAAUUUUUUUGGCUUUCCUUCAUGCGUUCCUCAUCAUGAUAGAACGUGUGAAAGAGUCUCAGAAGAGUAGCCAUUAAGAGCACUUCAACUAAUAAAACUUUUCUGUGAGAGCAUUUGUUACGAGCCGUAAUUUCGAUAAGUAUUAGUUAUUUUCUAUUUUGAUACUGGAGGUUCGAAACGAAAUUUUUUCGAUAUCUUCAAUUUUCUCAAUGAGAAAUGUUAUCAUAUCAGUCAACACACACAGAAAACUUCUAUUAUCAAUCUCUUCUGGGAUCAAGCUCUAUUUCUUCAAAAUACUUCUACAAUAAAAAACGGUUUCCACAGCAUUGGUUGAUUUACAUCUAUUUUUUCUCAUUCAUUGUUUUUAUGACUUAUGCCAAAUGAUGAAAAUAUCAUUGUAAGUACAGUGUGAAUCUUUUGAGCGUAUUCUUUCCAGAACAAAAGGAAGAGCGUAAUAUGCUUGAGUUUUCGUCACGAGAGUUGAAUGAUAUUUCUUAGAUUGGUCUUUUAGCGAUUCACUCUGUUCUUUUCUGAUUACAUAUCGUUGGGUGUAUGAUUUCAUAGGCAAUCCUAUAAUAUCAUGAAAUCGUGUAAAUAUGAUAUAAAAGUUAUCUGUCAAAAUGGCCACUUCAACAUGGAACUGGGCACUGAAAAUGAAAACCAGUAAAGGUAUCAUCAUUGAUAUUGAGGUAAGGCCUGAAUACAUCAUUGGACCCAACUAUCCUUGAGGACAUGUGAGUAAGCAUGAAAACAGUAUCCCUCAGGAAAACACCACCAAUAUCAAUGAUAAACGUCGUUUCCGAAGCGGGAAAGAAAAUUAGAAGAACCCAGAUCCCAAAAACGCUGAGAAUGGAUAGGUCGAACAAUCUUUCAGGUUUGAGGGUCAUUGUACUGUGGAAUUUCUUUUCGAUAUUUCGCCAUCACGCAUGGUUAGCUCCUUUUAGAGGUUCUUUGUAGAGGAAUCUGGGGAUCAGUGUAUUGCUAUCUCCAUUCGGGCGAUGAUUAGUUUCCACAUUGUGUUGAGUGAUCUGGCGAUGAUUGGAUUCUACAUUGGGUUCAGCUCCAGUGUUUCUUUUUUUAAGUUAUACUUCUUUUGGCGCGUUAGGAAAAUACGAUGAGAGUAAAUUUUUACAAUACUCGCGCGCACCGUCACGAAACACCGACACCCUGAAGUUAGCUUCUUCUUCUUCUUCUUUAAUGUAUAUGCCAGUUGCUUCUCAGUUGAGCGCAUUUAGCUCCUCCUGUCCAUAGUGAACAGAAGCUUCGCCAGGAGGCGCAGCUGUCUUGCUGGCGCCCAAAGUUUUCUUAUUCACUUUUUCUUUCAUAAAAACACUUCAUUUCUUUACUGGGUGCCACCUUCUUGGGAUGUCUUCCAUAUAAUCACCACAUCUAUUAUAGAACUGACGACCUCGUCAAAUCCGUCGACACUCAGCCUGGUUACUGACGUAGGGGGGGGCACCAGCCCUCUCAAUAUGGCUUUCAGAAAUAACACAUCUAUUAUCGCACUGACGACCAGCCUGGUUACUGGCAUAGGGAUCCGCCAUUCCUUUCAAAAUGUCUUUCACUUCAAUAUUUAUUCGAACUUGACUUCAUUUUUUGAAAAACACCCCACUUUUGGACCCCACUCCGACCACGACAUCCACGUAGAUUUUCAAAAAAAGUUACCAACAGAGUAAAAGUGAAGACAUCUACGUAGAAUCUAUGUAGAAAUAAUUUUUUAUGAUAUUUAAAUAAACUUUAUUGAACGAGAUAAUGCGUUAUAAUAAAACUUUCAGUCGUUAUAAUAAAACUUUCAGUCUAUUAAAAACUUUUUUUUUAUUAUCAGAGUUGUUUUUUCUACAAACAUAGAUUAAAGUAAUGGAUGAAAUUUUUAGAAAGAUUUGUAUCUUGUUACGCCUAACAAGUAUAACUUCUUACGUGCGUACAUAAGAACAGUCACUCUUUUUUUUUAUGAUGCACUGUUUGGAACCUUUGGUGUAGUAAUGAAUAUUACUGGAGUUUUUUUCUCAACAC